GUCAGGCUGACAUCCGUCAUAUUUUAGCGGUAGUGAUUUAUUUAGUCUGUGUUUAGGUUUUAUCGCGAAGUUGAUCGGAAAUUAACUGUUUGCAUGAUUACCAAGCUAAAUAGCUAGCUCGUCUUGUCUGUCUCCUACCGCCACCCCCCACUCCGUGCUGCACUGGUUCCGUCUGGCUCGCCCUCAGCUGCUGCGUGUCCUGGGAUGACCUGUUGAUGUCGGUAAAAUGGAGAAUGGCAGGGGGAGCGAUUUCCCCAUCCCAAAAAUAUUUAAAUAAGUUAGGUAGCGGACGUCGCGAAAAAACGGUGACAAUUCUAUUUAGAUAAUGUUAUAAUAAAUCGCUGUAUUUGAUUCCGUGCACUGUCGCGAAAGCAUAGGAUAUUAAGUGCCUGUGAGAGUAGAUGGUGUGCUGGGGCGAACCCAAAUUAUUUUUGCAGAGCUUGCUGUUAGCUUGUUAGCUUAGCGUCCUGUCAAGCAGGCCUGCGCGGUGUGCUCGAAUGGGAAACGAACCUUACAGUGCUAAAAGAUAGCUUGAGCGAUAAAUGUGAAAAUUAUCAAUUUGAGGUAUUGUCAUUACUUGCGCGCUUUGACGCCACGGAAACCUGCUUCUUUACUAGGCGGCAACGCUCACUGCCAUCCUCCCUCGACCCCGGGCCGUGCCAGUGAAGCACUCCAACCGGGCAGACUGGCACACUGCGCGGCACGGUCACCCCGGUGCAGCUACAGCAUUACCGACCCAGUUUGAUCCUGCAUCCCGUCUGGUCAAACGCUACCAGGACCCCCUAAGGUGGUGUGCGCAGGCGCACUAUGGCCCAGACCCUUCAGAUGGCGAUCCCGAACUUCGGCAACAACGUCCUGGAGUGUCUGAACGAGCAACGUCUCCAAGGGCUCUACUGUGACGUGUCCGUGGUUGUCAAGGGACACGCCUUCAAGGCCCACCGUGCUGUGCUAGCGGCCAGCAGCUCCUACUUCCGAGACCUGUUCAGCAGCAGCAUCAGCAGCACGGUGGGGAAGAGCCCCGUGGUGGUGGAGCUGCCCCCGGCUGUGCAGCCCCAGAGCUUCCAGCAGAUCCUGGCCUUCUGCUACACCGGCCGCCUCAGCAUGACAGUUGGAGACCAGUUCCUGCUCAUGUACACCGCCGGUUUUCUCCAGAUCCAGCAGAUCAUGGAGAAGGGGACCGAGUUCUUCCUCAAGGUGUCCUCCCCCAGCUGUGACUCCCAGGGCCUACAUCCAGAGGAGGCCCCAUCCUCCGAGCCCCAGAGCCCCGUCACUCAGACCGGCUCGGGCGGAGCUCGUCCUGCUGCCUGCCUAACGCCCCUUCCCCUGGUGUCCCGGGUAAAGACAGAGCAACAGCAACAGCAGCCGCCGCCGCCCAGCCAGCCCGAGGCCUCGCCUUACUCCGUGGUAUGCACGCCCGUGGCCAAACGCCUCUGGGAGGGGAGCAGCAGUAGAGACGGGGCCGGCUCGGGUGGAGGAGGAGGGAUUAGGAAGGCCGCGCGCUUCUCCCAGGAGGCAGUCCGGGGCAGUGCCAUACAGAGUCCUGGUGCUCUGGGCCUAGCCAUGGGCAUGGGGGCCAGUGGGGCUGCGGGGAUGGGGGUCUCGGGGGCCCACAGCAGUGGCACUAACGGCAGCUCGGCGGGUUCGGGCAACGCCACGUCAGAGGGCGCCAGCCCGGGCACCAUGAGCGCCUACGCCAGCGACUCGCCCAUCAGUUACCACGACGAGGAAGAGGAGGAGGAGGUGACAGACGAGAGCACGGAGGAGCAGUACAGGCAGAUCUGCAACAUGUACACCAUGUACAGCAUGCUCAACGUAGGCGCCACAGGUGAGCGUGUGGAGGCCUUGCCCGACCACACGGAGACUCGGGGUCGCAUGCGAGGUCGCCAGGACCUGUCAUCGCUCCCCGCCGAACUCGUCACUCAGAUAGGCAACCGCUGCCACCCCAAACUGUACGAGGAGGGAGACCCUGCAGAGAAGUUAGAACUGGUCUCAGGUACGUGUGUGUUCAUAUCAAGAGCCCAGCUGAUGAACUGUCAUGUGAGUGCAGGGACGAGACAUAAGGUGCUGCUCAGGAGACUGCUGGCUGCCUUCUUUGACAGGAACACUCUGGCCAAUAGUUGUGGAACAGGAAUACGGUCUUCCACUAAUGAUCCCAGCCGCAAACCUCUGGACAACAGAGUGCUUCACGCAGUCAAAUUCUACUGCCAGAACUUUGCCACCAGCUUCAAGGAGAGUGAGAUGAAUGCCAUAGCCGCCGACAUGUGCACUAAUGCCCGGCGGGUGGUGAGAAAGAGCUGGAUCCCCAAGCUGAAGCUGCUGAUGGCGGAGAGCGAUGCCUACUCCGCCUUUCUUCCCGAAGCCGUCAAGAUGGAAGACGACGGCCUGGGGGCGGAGCCCAACUUUGACCCCGUGUCCCUGGAGAGCGGGGCCGAUGUGGAGGCAGGGGGCCCCACGGGUGAAUCGCUGCAGGCAGUGGGUGGGGAUGGUGGGCCAUUGUUUUAGCGUUGGGGGCAGUUAUUGGGUUAGUUGUGAUGUGGCAAUGCCCCUUACUUGUAAUUGCUCCAUUUUCUACCACCCCCCUCAGCCUGACUGCUUGAGCCUCUUUUGACCUUGCUGUCCCAACGUGUGACUCUGGGAGGUUGCUAUUGCAAGCAAGCAGGUGGAACCACAAAGUUGGCGCUUAUGAUCUUCCUAGUGUGAAAGACCAGACCCUGAAGGUCUUUUGCUUGCUGGAUGUUGAUCCAGUAGUGAGUGAUGGGGAGUGUGGAAAGGUGGGGAAAGGGGAAGAGGGUUCCGUUUUUCACUGAACUCCUUGAACCUUUUUGUUUUUGUCGGUGUUCACCCAACCCCCAAUUUGAAAUACAUUCCCUGAAGUUGAGGGUGGAGGUCGAGGGACUAAGGGGAGAAGUCCUGAUACUGAAUGUAAAUGGGCAGUGCCAGCGUUGCUCCAGUACAGAUGAUUUAAGGGUGGUGUUGGGGGGGGGGGGGGGGGGGGGGGGGGGGGAGAGAACCCCUCUCCAUCCCUCUGCUCUCCCUUCCGCAGUCCCCCUUCCGCCACUCUCUCCACCUCGAUAGUAUUCCAACCCCACCUGCUUCUCCGUCUGACCAGAACAAAAUUGAACCUCCCUUUACAAAAAAAAGAAAAGUAUUGUGCAUUUUGUGUCGGUUUCCCUUUUGCUCAUUUUAGCCCUAUAUGCUUGUAACAUGUUCAAAUGAAUGGAGAGGUGUGGCGGAAGUGCUUUAUGAUUGUCGAACAGGAUAUAUGGUCAUAUAACAAAGAAAUAUAGAUAUUUAUAUAGAAGCACAUGCAGCGCAGUGCACUGAGGAAAAGAGGGAUUGUUUUUAUGAUCUUCAUGUUGCUUUGUUAUAUUUUGAAGAGCAGUGUUUCUAAGAAGUCAUAUUGAUUAAGGAAAGUGCUAUUUUUGCAUACACUUACCGUUAGAGCAGUCUUAACAUUGGGACCUAUCAGUCAUGUUUUAAUACAACAGACAAAACUAAUAAUGUGAUAGAAUAUCUGUUUCACAGAGAUUUUUACCCACUGUGUAUUAGACAGAGGCUACAUCUUACUCCUCUCUUCUUUCUGCGAUUGUGUAAAUGUACAGUACAAUGAGGUCCGUUGAGAACAUGACUGGUGACUGUUUAAUGGCGACUAUUGAUGGUGGUCGCUACUCUAGCUAAAUUGCUUGCUGGGAAUCAUGGCUAGCUAAAUGUAAAUCUUUUGAUCAAAAUGGCUGACUAUAUGACUACUUUUCUAGACCAACUUAAAUGUUGAACCGAUAACCUUCAAAGAAGCUAACUACUGACAAUGUGCAAGGUAUAAAGAUUUGGGGAAAUAGGUGUGAAAUAAUACGUGGGAUGUGCCUUUUUAUUGCGCUCUAUAUGCAGGGUUUGCAAACUGGAGAUGUGCAGGGUUACAUUUGUGAUUGGCUGAUGGAAUCUUUCACUUUGGCUGUUGUUCAGUACAUGAAUUGCACGCUGCAGCCUUUGUCCCAGUGAAAGAGACGAGUUAGGGUGUAUUGUGUGCAUGAUGGUGGGUAUGCUUCAAGGGGGAAUGUCAUUGGUUUUCUGUUUACCUGAGUAUGGUUGAGUUUGUGUUCAUAAGUUGUUGUACACACUGCGGCCCCUAACCAACACGUUACACGAUCUUUGAAAAACCCACACCUACAAACCCUGUAGACAGGUAAAGGUUGUUGUUGUAUUACAACCCUAUUGCAUUGAAAGUCCAAAAUGUGUGUAUUUAAAAUUUGAUAAAAAGCAUUUGAUAAAAUGUUCCACCCCCAGGAAAGAUGAGUGGGGCUGCACCUUUACAUGAGAUGAACCAAUGGUUUGUGCACCUUUACAUGAGAUGAACCAGUGGUUUGUGCACCUUUACAUGAGACUAACCAGUGGUUUGUGCACCUUUACAUGAGAUGAACCAGUGGUUAUGCACCUUUUUAAGGGGUUGAGAGCUUGUAUGGGAAGUUAACCCUGUAGGGUCACUAUUUAUUUGUUGAAGAGCAGUAUGCUCCUUUUCACAAGUGACUGACACCUGAUGUAAAUAUUAAGACUGUUGAGUUGAAUCUCGUGUUUCAGACUGAACAGGAUGUUAGUAACUUUGCAAACGAUGUGAGGAGCUGAUUUUUCUAUUUGUUUGGUUAUUAUGUUUUUUACCUGAUUGUGUUGAAACGUCACAGAGAUGUUUAUUGAUGUGGGUGAAAACAGCUUCCUGCAUGCAUUCAUGUCUACACAUGUAGGUGUUAGCCACAGGGGAAGUGAAUAGAUGAGGCCUGAUAUACAAGCCUGUCUCCGAAUCUUUUUAUGGGGAGGCUGUCAAAGCUCUUCAGCAUACUUUUGACCCACAACCCUGGAAUCUCAACACUUCAGAUGUCACUCCUCUGUAUCUCCUCAUGCACACACUGCUAUAAAAUCCUACUGAACUAUA